UCUCUUUAGCUGUCAUUUUGCGCGUGUAUCUCGUUUAUAGUAGACGUCACCACUUCGGGGAAAAAAAAUAAAUUCGAGUAAAUUUUUCCAUAUCCAAUCAAAAAAAAUAAAAAUAUAUUCGUAGUAUUUUUUCUUCUUCAAUUAAAAGAUAAAUCAACAAAAUAACUGAAAAUAGACAAAACUCAAAAGUGUACAAUUGAAUGUUUAAUCAAAUUACUUAAUCAAAGAAAUGUCGUGUGGACCCCAAACGGAGGAAAAAAUCGAUUUGCAAAAAAAAGUGUCUGCUGCUGCGGCUGCAUUCAAAGUGUACCUUCUGCUUUUUGUCUCAUACUAGACGCACUAGAAUACCUCUAGGUAAAGUGGAGCAAUCCCAGACCAAGACCCAGCCCCAUUGUCACAAUAACGCAUUAAAUCCCCAAGAAUCUUCGUAGUCGUCGUCGUGAAACAAAACGAAAAUAAAGCAAAAUUAUUGUUCACACGUACCUCUCUUCAUAGCAAAGUUACUUUGUUCUGCUCGGGAAAGAAAAAUUUAUUACAAUUCCUACGCGUCUUUCAACUUUUCUUUGCUUUAAUUGUUCCCUCCCGUUCCAAGUGAACCAACCAAACCAACCUACCUAACUUUUCCCAGUCUGCUCUGAAUACGAAAAAUUCAAACAACAACCAGAACAAGAAAUCUCUCCAGAGAGUCAAGUCACAAUGACUCGGUUAACAGAAGAAAUGGUUAUAGCCAGAUCCAAACAAUCUGACCUGAGCUCCAUAAAGAAGCUGAAUUGUUGGGGAAGUGAACUCAGCGAUGUCUCCAUAAUAAAACGUAUGCGUGGUGUGGAAGUUUUGGCUUUGAGUGUCAAUAAAAUAAACAGCUUGCAACAUUUUGAAGACUGUCGAAACCUUCAGGAACUAUAUUUACGUAAAAAUAAUAUUCAAGACAUUAGUGAAAUAGUAUAUCUGCAAAAUCUUCCAAGACUUAAAUAUUUAUGGCUCGAAGAAAAUCCCUGCUGUGAUAGUGUUGGCCCAAGUUAUCGAGCGGUUGUUCUGCGAGCAUUACCAAAUCUAAAAAAAUUGGACAAUGUUGAAGUGACACCUGAAGAAGUCGAAGAAGCUUUAAAUGGUGCACCUGCUCAAGUAGAAGAAGAGGAAGAUGAUUCUUAUGAAUCACCUCCACAACCUUCAAGUCAUCCUCAGCAGCAACAACAACAAAAAGUACACCACCAGCAACAACAACAACAUCAAUCACAACAACAGCAAUCACAACAGCAACACUACCAGCAACAACAACAGCAAUCUCAACAACAAUAUUCACAUCAACAACAGCAACAACAACAAUAUGCUACACAACAAAGACGAAGUUCAAGUCCAAUUAAAGAGAACUCACAACAUGUAAGCCCUGAUAAUACUGAGGAAAGCCUAAGUGAAACAAAUAUCCCAGGCUCUGUCCCAUCAUCUCCACUUCAGCGUUCACCAACAAAUCAUCAGGAUUAUUCACCACCGGAACAAGCUCAUCCGCCAUCUCCAAAGUACAACCAGUCUAGAGAAAAUCGUCUAUCUUACACGCAAUAUGAUCAAAGGUCACCUGGUUCUGACCAAGAAAGUCCAUUGGGAGGAUAUCGAGAAAGAGGCCCAAUUCCGCCCAGCAUAUCAACCCAUUCUAUGAAGGAAUACUAUCAAUCAGAUCGACCAUCCUAUCCUGCUCACUAUCGACACAGUCAGACUGAUUUGACAGAAUGGGAAGAACAUCAACAACAUAAUAAUCAAUAUACAAACGGUGUAGUGCCAAGGGGCCAUCCCAUGGAAAGACGAAGUGCAGGUGCUGCUGAUAGAGAAAUCUCCGAUAGGUAUAAUUAUAGAAAUGGAAAUGUACGAGAAAAUGGAGACUGGGAAGAUCGUGAGGAGAGACCGCGAACAGCGAGCAGACGACCGGAGGGAAGAUUCAAUGAUUCGGCGAGCGUAGUAUCUACAGCAGUUCUCAAUCAUUAUUCGUAUCACAGGCGUCCAAUCAACAGGAGUUCUAACUUGCUAUCAGCAACACUCUGCCUCGUUAAGGAACUCGACUAUCCUAGUCUCGAAGUUGUAGAGCAUGCAGUACGUUGUCGAAUUGACGAACUGUCGGCUGAAUGAUGAAUAAGGCGUCUGCCUUCCCGCUAAAAAUCGUCAACUAACAUUUAUACAUUGUUUUUAUUCAUUUCUCAUUUAAAUACUUUAGUUACCUUAAUCCUGCCAAUAAACUCAAGAUAUUAAUGUAAUCUUAUAUCAUCAGUUAUUAUGUGACCCAUUUUGGUUUAAUCUACGCAUUCAAAUAAUCACAAAAUAUCAUCCCUAACUUAUAAAAAACAAAAAACAAAAAGGAAGUAAGCCAGAAAUAAAUAUUAUAUUAUGUAAAAUGUAUGUAUGUAUAACUUGCUAUCAUCAAUUAUUGUCAAACUAAAACAAAAAUAAGAGAUUAUUUAAGGACUAUGCGCAUGAUGAAAAUAAAAAUAAAAAAACAAUCGUAGAUUGUAUGAAUAAUCUAAAUCCUUGCCAAUUUUUAUGAAUUUUCUUUUAUACAUAAAUAUUUAUAUAUUUAUAUGAAUAAAUUAAAAUUUUAUCUUAGUGCAAUCCUUUUUUUUUUAAUAAUAGGUUGUUCAUCCAAAAUAUAAAUUUUAUUAAAUGUUAAAAUUAUUGUUGAAUAAAAUAUGUUUUAUUGGUUAAAGACAUUACAUCACUUUUUGAUUUACUUAACAUAAGUCUAUACAUAUUAUUAUAAUAUUGUUAAGUUAAUGUAGCUUGUACUUAUUUUAACAAAUUUAAUUUGUUGCUAACAAAUUUUGUUCAUCAAGUAAAACAAAACAAAACAAACAAAAUGUGUUAAUUUAAACUUGCUGCCGCACAAAGCAAAUAAAACUAAGAAUGCAUUGUUAUGAAUUUAUAAGUGUUUCAGAGUUUGUAAUAAUUAUUUAACAAUAAUAUAACGUCCAUUAAGUUUCUAUACUCAUUUUAUAAAUACAAACUAAACAAAAGAAACAAAACAAAUACAUAUUAAAAAAAAAGACAAAUGUAGGUAUUAGAUGAUUAAUUAUUAUACAAUAUUAUUGAUGUCGAUUUAAUUGACGAAAUAACUGUAACUAGUUCUAAUGAACUUUUUGAAUAAAUAAAUUUCAAAAUAAAUAAAAAACUAUAACUACAAGCUAAAUAUUUAUUUUUAAGAAAUAAAGAUAAAGCAGCAAUAAAUUUUGAAUUGAAAUAUUUUUAACAACCUAAAUCAAA